AAGAAUGGCUUCAAACUUGUGGUCAGAGGAUCGGUUCAGCUGUUCAGUGUGUCUGGAGCUAUUGAAGGACCCAGUCGCUAUUCCUUGUGGACACAGUUACUGUAUGGGGUGUAUUAAGAACUGCUGGGAUCAGACUGAUCAUACAGGUGUCUACAGCUGCCCCCAGUGCAGAGAGACCUUUACCCCAAGGCCUGUUCUGCGCAGAAACACCAUGCUGGCUGAAGUUGUGGAGGAAUUAAAGAAGACAGGACUCAAUCCUCCUCCUGCUCAAAGUUAUGCUGGACCUGGAGAUGUGCCGUGUGAUUUCUGCACUGGGAGAAAGUUUAAAGCUGUGAAAUCCUGUUUGACGUGCCUGGCCUCUUACUGUGAAACACACGUCAAGCCACACUAUGAGGGGGCUGCUUUCAAGAGGCACAAGCUGGUCAAUGCAACUGGAAAUCUGGAGCAGAAGCUUUGUGCUGAACACCAAAAGGUUUUGGAGGUCUUCUGUAGAACCGAUCAGAUGUGUAUUUGCUUGUUGUGUACACAAGAUAAACACAAGAGCCACGAUACAGUCUCAGCUGAGACAGAAAGGACUGGGAAACAGAAGCAGCUGGGAGAGACACAGACAGAAAUACAACAGAGAAUCCAGGAGAGACUGAAAGAAGUGAAGGAGCUCAAACAGGCUGUGGAGUCACUGAAAAGAUCUGCAUGCAUAGAAAUAAAGGAAAGUGAGAAGAUCUUUACUGAGCUGAUCCGAUCCAUUGAGAAGAUCCACACUGAGGUUAUUGAGCUGAUUGGAGCUAACGAGAAGGCUGCAGUGAAUCAGGCUGAAGGACGCAUGAAGAAACUGGAGCAGGAGAUUGCUGAGCUAAGGAGGAGAAACGCUGAGCUGAAACAGCUUUCAGAGACAGAGGAUCACAUCCAUUUUCUACAGAAUUUCCAGUCUCUCUGUGCCCCUCCUGAAGCUGGAGACUUACCCAGCGUUACUGUCAAUACAGACAUCUCUUUUGGGGCUGUGAGGAAAGCUGUAUCUGAACUUAAAGACCAUAUUGAAGACUUCUGCAAGGGGGAAUUAGUCAAAAUAAGCACAACAGUGAAUGAAGUUGCAGUUUACAGUCUGCAGGCUCCAGAGCCAAGGAACAGAGCUGAGUUUUUAAAAUAUUCCUGUCAGCUCACACUGGACCCCAACACAGCGCAUAGAAACCUCUGUCUGUCUGAAGGGAACAGAAAGGUGACACGGAGGAUAGAGACCCAGCGAUGUGCUGAUGAUCACCCAGAGAGAUUUGAUAGCUGGGAACAAGUGCUUUGCAGAGAGGGUUUGUCUGGGACUCGCUGUUACUGGGAGAUUGAGUGGAGUGGGGGAGGGGCUUCUAUAGGAGUCACAUAUAAAGGAAUCAGCAGGAAAGGACGGGAUCGUUCCUGUGCUCUUGGAUUCAAUGACAAGUCCUGGAGUUUGUUCUGCUCUGAUUUCAGUUACACUGCCUGGCACAAUAACAAUAAAACUGCAAUAACUGCCCCCCUCUCCCCCAGAGUAGGAGUGUAUCUGGACUUUAAUGCCGGCACUCUGUCCUUUUAUGGCGUCUCUGACACAAUGACCCUCCUGCACAGAUUCCAAACCACAUUCACUGAGCCGCUCUAUCCUGGGUUUGGGCUUUUGGGUUAUGGUUCCCCUGUAACAAUCUGCCAGCUGAACUAGACUGUCUUGUGUUGUAAGAAACCCUUUGUAUUGAACUCCCUGUCUGUCCUCUCCACUCCUCGGCUGAAGGGAAUGUUCAAUCUGACACCACUUUGGAUGAAAGUUAGGGGGUAAAACGGCGCCCCCUGCAGAGUGAAACAAGGUGAAUUAUUUGUUUUUACACUUGGGGCCGAGGCAGCCUCAUUUUUACUGUUUAAUCUGUCAGGGGAGUGUUUUUGUAAUUGCAAACACUCACAACUGGACAGCUGUUUCAGCAUCAAAUGCUCAACAUGUCCUGAGUAUUUAUUGAUUACAAACACACACACAGCACCAAGUGGCAGACUUAGUUGGCAUCUCUGCACAGUGCUAGAAUUCCCACAGCAAGUACUGAGAAGUAUCUCUUAAGCUGAUUGUAGCUCACUAAAUAAUCCCACAAUGUGUUCCUAUAUUGCACUUCCAUUGGCUACAUAGGUCUCAAAUGUGCAGGUUUGAAAAACACGAUGGGCAAGAUUCUCAGAAAACCAUGAUCUUGUUUCGAAUUGGAUUUUGUCUAUCAAAUGGAUAUUUAUAGAUAUUUAUAGUAUCUAGCUGAACUAUUUGGGAUUUAGGUGCAUCUGGCAAAUCUAUAAACCCUGGGGCUUCAUACAUACCUUUAUACAGGCAAGCAAUAGGUACAAGAUGCCUUUUCCUUGUGUUAUUAUUAUAAUUUUGUUUGUAAAGGAUCCCAUUCUGAAAUGGUUGGAUAAUUACCCUAACGAGCAUUUAAUUAGAUGCACCGGGUCUACUCGUCAGGCAA